GACCCAUUUCUUAAACUGAUCGAUAUUGUUCUCUUCUCUCUCUCUCUCUCUCUCUCUCUCUCUCUCUAUCAUUUUGAUUUUCUUUGGAGCUUAGAUUAACAUGGCUGCGGAAUUGGUUGGAGGAGCUGUUCUGUCUGCAUUCCUACAGGUGUUGUUCCACAGAAUGACUUCACGUCAGGUUGUGGGCUACAUCCAAGGAAAGAAACUCAACGACAGGCUGCUAAAGAAGUUGAAGAUCACGUUGUUGUCCGUCAAUGCAGUAAUCAAUGACGCGGAGGAGAAACAAUUCAGGGACAACUUAGUGAAAGAGUGGCUACUCGAACUUAAAGAUGCUGUGUAUGAUGCAGAGGACCUCUGGGAUGAGAUCGCCACUGAAGCUUUGAAAUGCCAGCAGCCUAAUGCUAAUUCCGGAGGCACCUUAAACCAGAUAAGACCCAAGAUAGAAGAGGUCCUCGACAGAUUAGAGUUCAUUGCAAAACAAAAGGAUGUCCUUGGCCUCAAACAUGGUGUUGGAGAGAAGUCAUGGAAAAUGUCAACAACAUCUCUGGUGGAAGAAUCUAAUGUGUACGGAAGGGAUGAAGAUCGGGAAGCCAUUAUCAACUUGUUGCUGUCGGAUGAUGUCAAUAGCAGCAAUAUUUGUGUGAUUCCAAUAGUGGGAAUGGCCGGGAUUGGCAAGACCACCCUUGCUCAAGUUGUAUACAACGACGUUAAAGUGAAGGAGAACUUCGAGUUUGCAGCAUGGAUUUGCGUCUCUGAGGAGUUUGAUGUUUCCAGGAUAACAAAAACAAUCCUUGAGGCAGUCACUUCAGUUUGUUGUGAUUUCAAGGAUCUGAAUUUGCUUCAACUUAAACUCAAAGAGGAGUUGUCAGGGAAGAAGUUUUUGCUGGUUCUGGAUGAUGUUUGGAAUGAGAGUUAUUACAAUUGGGAGGCCUUGAGGAGAGCUUUCACCUCAGGGACACAAGGAAGUAAAAUCAUUGUGACCACACGCAAUGAAAGUGUUGCCUCUGUUAUGCGCACUGUUCCAAAUCAUUAUCUGAAUCAAUUGACAGAUGAAGACUGCUGGCUUCUAUUUGGAAAAUAUGCAUUUCCGAAUGGAAACUCUGAUGCAAAUCCAAUCCUAGAAAGAAUUGGUAGAGACAUCGUGAAAAGAUGCCAAGGCUUACCAUUAGCAGCAAAGACGCUCGUGCUCUUGCGCUUUAAAGUAGAUGCCGAUGAAUGGGAUUGCAUUCUCAAAAGUGACAUAUGGGAAUUGUCGGAUGACCAGAGCAACAUUCUUCCAGCCUUGAGAUUAAGCUACUACUACCUCCCUUCACAUCUGAAGAGAUGCUUUACCUACUGUUCGAUAUUUCCGAAAGAUUAUAAAUUCAAGAAGGAGCAGCUAAUCCAAUUAUGGAUGGCAGAAGAUCUUUUGCAGCAACCAAAAAGAAACAAGAGACUGGAACAAGUGGGAGACGAGUACUUCCAUGAAUUAGUAUCAAGGUCAUUUUUUCAACGAUCAGCAGGUGAGAACUCGUGCUUUGUUAUGCAUGACCUUAUAAAUGAUUUAGCUAGAUUUGUAUCUGGGGAACUUUGUUUUAGAUUGGAGGAUGACAACUCAAAAGAAAUUUCAGAGAAAACUCGUCAUUUGUCUUAUGUUAUGGCGUUGGAAGAUCUUUUCAAGAGAUUUCAGAUUUUCUACAAAGCAAAAUGUCUACGCACCUUUCUACCACUCUAUUCCCCAGAUGAGUUUUAUUGCUUAUCUAAUAAGGUGCAACAUGAUCUAUUGAUUAAGCUGAGGUGCUUGAGGGUAUUAUCUUUGUCCAACUAUCAUAGCAUUAGUGAGCUGCCAGAUUCAAUUGGCGAGCUUACACAUCUAAGAUAUUUGGACCUCUCCCGUACUUUGAUCAAAAGGUUGUCUGAAUCUGUGAGUACUCUGUACAAUUUACAGACACUGAAGUUGGCAUAUUGUUAUCGUCUCAGGCAGUUGCCUACUGGUAUGCACAAUCUCAUUAACUUGCGUCAUCUAGAUAUGAAUGGAACAUGUGUAGAAGAGAUGCCAGCACAGAUGAGCAAAUUGGAAAGUCUCCAAACAUUGAGUACUUUUAUUGUGGGAAAAGAGAAAGGGAUAAAGAUUGGAGAGUUGGGGAAACUUUCAAGUCUUCGAGGAACACUAUCCAUUAAGAAGUUGAAGAAUGUUGUGAGUGCUGAGGAUGCCUUUGAUGCCAAGUUAAAGGAUAAGAAAUACCUUGAAGAAUUAGACUUGGAAUGGGGCUAUGGAAAGACAGAUGAUACAAAGGGCGAAAGAUAUAUACUCGAGAAGCUUGUGCCUCAUACAAACUUGAAAAAGCUCCAGGUCCAUAAUUAUGGGGGCACAAGAUUUCCAGGUUGGUUAGGAGAUCGUUCAUUCCACAAUAUGGUAUCUGUAAGCCUUUACAACUGUGAAUAUUGCCUAAUCUUGCCACCCCUUGGGCAACUGCCUUCCCUCAAACACCUUUCCAUUGAAGGGUUUGAUGGAGUAGUGACUGUGGGUCCUGAGUUUUAUGGGAGUUCUCGGCCCUUUCCUUCGCUGGAAAUAUUGAAGUUUAGUUGGAUGUCUUCAUGGGAAGAAUGGUGUUCUUUCGGGGUUGAAGAAGGAUUCAAAAGAGGUUUCCCUAAUCUCCAAGAGCUUCACAUAGUGUCUUGUCAGAGCCUAAUAGGGAAUUUGCCCAAGAACCUUCCUUCUUUAAGAAAACUUGUGAUUGAGUACUGCGAGCAGCUUCUUUCUCCUCUCCCAAGAGCUCCUGCUAUCCGUGACUUAGAGCUGAUCAAAUGUGAUAUGGUAGUGUUGCGGGAGCUGCCACGCACACUGCACUCGCUGAAAGUGAAAGGAUGUCAGGUUGUUGUAAAGUCACUGCUGGAGGCAAUGUCAACACAAAUCCAAGCCUGUCGACGGUUGGAUAUUUCUGAUUGUUCUUUGAUAUCAUUUCCUGGGAGUUUUCUUCCGACUACAUUGAGCUUUUUGAGUAUCAAAAACUGUGAGAAGUUAGAGUUUCCACUGCAGCAGUACCACACGUCCCUCGAACACUUGCUGAUAGUAGAUAGUUGUGGUUCACUCAGGUCUUUUCCCUUGGAUUUCUUCCCCAAUCUUACUGGUCUCACUAUUGGGAGGAGCCCAAGUCUCAGAUUUCUUUCAGUGUCGGAGGGGCAACAAAAAGUUCUUGCAUCUGUCACUUACUUGAAAAUUCGGGGAUGCCCAAAUUUCGUCUCUUUUCCCAAAGGAGGACUAUCUGCACCAAACCUGGGUGAUCUUUGGAUUGAAGAGUGUCAGAACUUAAUAUCACUGCCUGAACGAAUGCAUGUCCUGCUCCCAUCCUUACGUGAACUAAGAGUCUCCGGUUGUCCAAAACUAGUGUCUUUUCCUGAAGGUGGUUUGCCCCCUAGCUUGUCUUCACUCUACAUUGGAGAUUGCAACGAACUAGUUGCCCGCCGAAUGGGGUGGAAUUUGCAAGGCCUCCCUUUGCUUACAAGCUUUGGGAUCUUUGGUGAAUGUCAAAACGUGAAGUCCUUUCCGGAGGAGGAGCUGCUGCCCUCUUCUCUUACGUACCUGUCCAUCGUUGGACUUUCCCAUCUCAAAAACUUGGAUGGGAGGGGGCUUCAAAUCCUUACAUCUCUCAGAACAUUGAUCAUCAGUGGGUGUCUUGAGCUCCAGUCAAUGCCAGAAGAAGGGCUGCCUAUGUCUCUUGUUGAGCUCAUCAUCCGGAGAUGUCCUUUGCUGAGAGAACAAUGCCAAAGGGAGAAAGGGGUAGACUGGCCCAAGAUAUCUCACAUCUCUUGCAUAGAGAUUGAAGACAACUGUAACUCAUGAAAUUUCUCCAUUAAGAGUCCGUGUUCCUACACAAUACCCAAGUUUCUCUCAGGGUUCGACAGUCGCAGAUUCAGUUCUUGAUGAUCUUU